AAAAAUUACGUCAUAAUAUGGAUAGAGGGCGCUUUCUAAAGAGAGUAACUGAGUUAGGAGGAGCAGAAUAUUCUCACUUUCAUUAGAUGCUGGGUGCGGGAACGUUGUCGUGUAACUGAAAUGGAGAUUUCGUUGCCAAUAAUAUUUCGUUUUUCGGCCGCGCAGUGCAAAAGAUAUAUACCGACUCUUUGUUUAUCACGUUGUAAUGCAACAACGACUGGAAGUGAAACUUUCAAAUUCUCCGAUUUGCAAAUCGAAACUAUCCCACCUUCUAAAAAGGCACCAAAAUCAGAUCCUAAGAAAAUAAAAUUUGGAUCAAUUUAUACUGAUCAUAUGUUUGAGGUUGAAUGGACUCGAACUGAUGGUUGGGGUAUUCCUCGUAUAGUUCCCAUACACAAUUUCCAGCUACAUCCGGGAUCAAAAGUUUUACACUAUGCUCAAGGAGUAUUCGAAGGUUUGAAAGCGUUUAAAUAUUCAGAUGGAACCGCAGCGUUAUUUCGACCGGAAAAGAAUAUGGAGCGUCUACUGUUAUCUUGCAAAAGAGCAGAAUUGCCAUUGUUCGCCCCUGGUGAAUUGCUGAAAUGCUUGAAGAAAUUAGUCGCAAUUGAGAAAGAUUGGAUACCAGAUGUCGAGGGUUGUUCUUUGUAUGUACGUCCGACCGCUAUCGGGGUAGAAGAAAAUUUAGGUGUUCAGGCUUCCAAUAAGACUUUGUUAUACAUUUUAACAUGUCCUGUAGGACCGUAUUUUACUGCUGGAGAAGAGAAACCAGUGUCACUCUUGGCAGAUCCUCUUUUCGUCAGAGCCUGGCCUGGCGGGAUUGGAGACAGAAAAAUGGCCAGCAACUAUGCGCCAACAUUGUAUGUCCAGAGAAUUGCCCAAGAACAAGGUCUGCAGCAGGUGCUAUGGCUUAUGGGAAAAGAUUUACAAAUCACGGAAGUAGGCGCAAUGAACGUGUUUUUCGUCUUGAAACAAACAAAUGGUGAGAUUGAACUUGUAACACCUCCUUUAGAUGGCACAAUAUUGCCCGGUAUAGUAAGGCAAAGUAUAUUGGAUUUAGCUAGAGAAUGGAAAGAGUUCACAGUUUCAGAAAGACCUAUAAACAUGCAUGAAAUUAUUGCUGCCAAUAAAGAAGGAAGGUUGCUGGAAAUGUUUGGGUCUGGCACAGCAGUUUCUGUGUGUCCUGUUAGUAAAGUGAGAUUUCUCAAUGAAGAUAUCAAUGUGCCAACAACGCAACAUGACAGCCCUCUUUACAGGCGAUUUUUAAAAACUUUAACCGACAUCCAGUACGGACGAAUUGCUUCAGACUGGUCAGUGCCAGUUGAAUGAAUGCAAAAUAUUUAAUUAAAAUUUGAAAGUAUAAAAAUGCGCGUUCUAUCCUUGGACCUUGUUCUGCCAUGGAUUUGUGCAAAUGUGUGGGUAUUGGACCUAAGGAAUAAAUUUAAAAUGAGUUUCUAUCGCAAAUUUCUAUCGAUUGUUAUGAGAUUAUUUGCUGGUAAUGCCAACUGUUUGUCUACAUUUGAGCAACUCUCAAAAGAUGAGAACGGAUAAAAGAUAAUGCAUUUUCUUCCCUAAAAGAAAAGUAGAAGCCAAAUGGAGUAUUUAUAAAAUUAAUAUUUUUUCUUAGUAACAUAUCAUGAUUUCUUAAGUUUUAGGUGAGUAAUUUUUAUGACUGUUGGUGAGUCCAAAAUAUUGAAUCCAAGUAAAGGAAUUGAAAUUGAGCUUUAGUAUUUUUUCCGUGAUAAAAUAAUUUGAUAUAAAGUGAUAUUAAUAUUUGUUGCUUGCCUUUUCCUAAUUUUAUGUUUACUGAAUUUUAAAACUUAUGAUAGUAAUAUUUUUUCUACAAAGUUGUAUUUUGCAAAAAAGUUAAGUUUCUUAAGAGUUUAGAGCGCUGAAAAUAUAAAUUUAAUAUUUUAGAUAAUUAUUUACUAUUGUUAAUGUUAGCGUACUUUUAUACACAAUUUUGCCAGUGUGUUCCUAAUUGUGCAGUUUUGACAAUGUUGGAGUGUAAUGUAUUAACGUAAUUUUGAAAUUUUAGUAUAAAUUUUUGUUGUAAGAAAAUAUAUUAUUUGUAAAUUCCAGACAAAUUAGAAUGCGUUAUCUUUGUAGCACUUAAAGCAAUAAGCUGUUAUGAUAUUUUAUUUCAGAAAUGAGCGAAAUUGUUAAUCUGAAUUGGUUUGUGUUUUGAAAUUGUGUUGAAUUUUAUAUGUAAGCAAUUUUCGGCUAUUAAAUCUAUUAUAUGCAUAGCUAAAACACAAGCAUUCUUCAUUGUUUAAACAAAUAAUUUUCUAUUUUUGUCCGUAGUUACAAAUGUAAUGUUUAUAAUGUAAUAGGAACUACCUAUUCUGUAAUCUUUAUUCAUAUGUGUAAUGGAUGAGAUAAAGUUCGGUUCAUAAAUUUGAUGAACAAUGAUUUGAAUGAAUCUUAAACAGUUACAAUCUUUUGUUGUAAUUUUUUAAUAAAAGUGCCAAAAAAAUGUUA